GGCUGUAGGGUGGAGCUCUGACGGCGCUUCGGAGCGGAGCAGAGCAGCAGUGAGUCCACAAGCAGCAGCAGCGGUCUCAGGAGAGCGUUUUGGGGGGAAAAACCGGGAUUGUUUCUAUUAAAUUAUUGUCCGGAGGUGGACAAGUGAAGAAAAAGAACCAGCAGAAGACCCCCCGAACUGCCACAGCCCUGUGGGAGGCCUUCUCCCAUUUCUAAAAGAUUCCAUCAGGUGCAACGGUGAAACAGACACAAAAGCGCAGUCAUGGUGGCGCUAUCACUAAAGAUCGGGGUGGGAAAUGUGGUUAAAACGAUGCAGUUUGAGCCCUCCACCAUGGUGUACGACGCCUGCCGCAUGAUUCGGGAGAGAGUUCCUGAAGCGCAGCUUGGCCAGCCCAAUGACUAUGGCCUGUUCCUCUCAGACGAGGACCCAAAGAAAGGCAUUUGGCUGGAAGCCGGAAAAGCUCUGGACUACUACAUGUUGAGGAAUGGGGACACACUCGAAUACAAGAAGAAACAGAGGCCACUCAAAAUCCGCAUGUUGGACGGGACAGUGAAAACCGUAAUGGUCGAUGACUCUAAAAUCGUUACUGAUUUGCUCAUGACCAUCUGUGCCAGAAUAGGCAUAACAAACCACGACGAAUACUCCCUGGUGCGAGAUAUUGGCGAGGAGAAGAAGGAGGAGACCACAGGGACGCUGAAGAGAGACAAAACCCUCCUGAGGGAUGACAAAAAGAUGGAGAAACUCAAGCAGAAGCUCCACACUGAUGAUGAAUUGAACUGGCUGGACCACGGGCGAACACUGCGUGAGCAGGGGGUGGAAGAGACCGAGAUGCUGCUCCUCAGGCGGAAGUUCUUUUACUCUGACCAGAAUGUAGACUCCAGAGACCCAGUUCAGCUCAACCUGCUGUAUGUACAGGCUCGAGACGACAUUCUGAAUGGCUCUCACCCUGUCUCAUUCGACAAAGCUUGCGAGUUUGCCGGUUAUCAGUGUCAGAUCCAGUUUGGUGACCACAACGAGUCCAAACAUAAACCAGGAUUCCUUGAUCUGAAAGAGUUUUUACCCAAAGAGUAUGUGAAGAACAAAGGGGAGAAGAAGAUUUUCCAGGCACACAAGAACUACCAAAAUAUGACCGAGAUUGAAGCCAAAGUCAGCUACGUCAAACUGGCCCGCUCUCUCAAAACCUACGGCGUGUCUUUCUUUUUAGUGAAGGAAAAAAUGAAAGGAAAAAACAAGCUGGUUCCUCGCCUCCUGGGUAUCACCAAAGAGUGUGUGAUGAGGGUGGAUGAGAAGACCAAGGAGGUGAUACAAGAGUGGAGUCUGACCAAUAUUAAGCGCUGGGCUGCCUCUCCUAAAAGCUUCACCCUGGACUUUGGAGAUUAUCAGGAUGGGUACUACUCAGUCCAGACCACUGAAGGAGAACAGAUUGCACAGCUCAUUGCUGGAUACAUCGACAUCAUCCUUAAAAAGAAAAAGAGCAAAGACCACUUUGGAUUGGAGGGAGAUGAGGAGUCGACAAUGCUGGAGGAUUCAGUUUCACCUAAAAAGUCGACAGUGCUACAGCAGCAGUUUAACAAGGUGGCGAGGGUAGAGACCGGCUCUGUGGCCCUGCCUGUCAUUAUGAGGCCAGGUGCGGGAGGUCCAGAGAGCUUCCAGAUGGGCUCCAUGCCCCAGGCCAAACAGCAAAUCACCAUUGGCCAAAUGCACACAGGGCACAUGCCACCACUGACCUCCGCUCAGCAGGCACUGACGGGCACCAUUAACUCCAGUAUGCAGGCGGUGCAGGCGGCUCAGGCUUCUUUAACUGACUUUGACAGCCUACCACCUCUGGGCACCGAUGCGGCCUCUCAAGCCUGGAGGAAGAACAAGAUGGAUGAGUCCAAACAUGAAAUCCAUUCUCAGGUGGAUGCUAUUACUGCAGGAACAGCAUCUAUGGUUAACCUUACUGCAGGAGACCCAGCAGAGACGGAUUAUACAGCUGUGGGUUGCGCAGUAACCACCAUCUCCUCCAACCUGACUGAAAUGUCCAAGGGUGUAAAGUUGCUGGCGGCGCUGAUGGAGGAUGAGGGUGGAAAUGGACAGCAGCUCCUGGGUGCCGCCCGUAACUUGGCCUGUGCCGUGUCAGACAUGUUGAAGACCGCUCAACCUGCCAGCGCUGAGCCUCGCCAGAACCUCCUACAGGCCGCAGGUAACGUGGGCCAGACCAGUGGAGAGCUGCUGCAGCAGAUAGGAGAGAGUGACGCUGACCAACAGUUCCAGGACAUGCUUAUGAAGCUGGCUAAAGCUGUGGCUACAGCAGCUGCAACUCUGGUACUGAAGGCGAAGAACGUGGCUCAGAAGACCGAAGAUUCUGCCCAGCAAAACCGGGUUAUCGCGGCUGCCACACAGUGCGCCCUUUCCACCUCUCAGCUGGUGGCAUGCACGCGGGUGGUGGCUCCUACAAUCAGUUCUCCAGUAUGUCAGGAGCAGCUGAUAGAGGCAGGGAAACUGGUGGCUAAAUCGGUCGAAGGUUGCGUGGAUGCAUCACAGGGGGCUACCAACGACGAGCAGCUGUUAAAGCAAGUGGGCGUGGCCGCCACAGGUGUCACCCAGGCGCUUAACGAACUGCUGCAGCACAUUAAGCAGUAUGCCAGCGGAGGCCAACCAAUCGGACGCCACGGAGAAGCCACCGACCGCAUCCUGGAUGUAACCGAGAACAUCUUCAGCUCCAUGGGAGACGCAGGUGAGAUGGUGCGACAGGCUCGGAUCCUGGCUCAGGCCACCUCCGACCUGGUCAACGCCAUUAAAGCGGAUGCCGAGGGAGAAACAGACCUGGAGAACUCUCGUAAACUGCUCUCAGCCGCGAAGCUUCUAGCCGAUGCCACUGCCAAGAUGGUGGAGGCUGCCAAGGGUGCUGCCGACCCAGACAGCGAGGAGCAGCAGCAGAAGUUACGCGAGGCCGCCGAGGGCCUGCGCAUGGCCACCAAUGCCGCAGCACAGAACGCAAUCAAAAAGAGACUGGUCAACAAGCUGGAGAACGCUGCAAAACAGGCCGCUGCAGCCGCAACUCAGACCAUAGCUGCCGCCCAGCACGCUGCCUCUUCAAAUAAGAACCCAGCUGCACAGCAACAACUCGUACAGAGCUGCAAGGUGGUGGCAGAACAGAUCCCUCAGCUGGUACAGGGAGUGAGAGGCAGCCAGGCACAACCUGACAGUCCCAGCGCUCAGCUUGCUCUAAUUGGAGCCAGCCAAAACUUCGUGCAGCCCGGAACCAAGAUGGUGACUGCAGCCAAGGCUACAGUUCCCACUAUUAGUGAUCAGGCCUCUGCCAUGCAGUUGAGCCAGUGCGCCAAAAACCUAGCCAAUGCAUUGGCUGAACUACGCACAGCUGUUCAAAAGGCUCAGGAGGCAUGCGGUCCUCUGGAGAUUGAUAACGCUCUGAAUGCAGUGAGAGGAUUGGAGAAAGACAUGCAGGAGGCUAAAGUCGCUGCAGCCGAAGGGAAACUCAGACCUCUUCCCGGAGAGACGCUGGAGAAGUGCUCUCAGGACCUGGGCUCCAACACCAAAGCAGUGAGCUCCGCUAUUGCCCAGCUACUAAGUGAAGCUACGCAGGGCAAUGAGAAUUAUACUGGCAUGGCAGCACGGGAUGCGGCCCAGGCUCUCCGCUCUCUCGCAUCUGCAGCCCGCGGAGUAGCCGCCAGCACAGAGGACCGGCAAUCAUGCAACGCCGUAUUGGACUGUGCAGGAGACGUCCUCGACAAAUCUGGCAACCUCAUCGAAGAAACCAAAAGAGCCAUCGCCAAACCUGGAGAUCCUGAGAGUCAGCAGCGAUUGGCUCAGGUGGCCAAAGCUGUGUCUCAGGCUUUGAACCGCUGUGUUAACUCCCUUCCCGGACAGAGAGAUGUGGAUAAUGCGAUUAGGACUGUGGGAGAGGCCAGCAAAAAGCUCCUUUCUGACCAGUUCCCAGCUAGUGGAAAGACCUUCCAGGAAGCUCAAGCAAACCUGAACCAGGCAGCUGCAGGCCUCAACCAGUCAGCCAACGAGCUGGUACAGGCGUCACGUGGCACCACACAGGACCUAACCAAGGCAACAGGCAAGUUCGGCCAAGACUUCAGCCACUUCCUGGAGGCCGGGAUGGACAUGGCUGGUCAAUCUCAGUCUAAAGAAGAUCAGACUCAGGUGGUGACCAACCUGAAGACCAUUUCUAUGUCAUCCAGCAAACUGCUGUUGGCUGCAAAGGCUUUGUCUACGGAUCCCAAUUCUCCCAACCUGAAGAACCAGUUGGCUGCUGCUGCACGUGCCGUGACUGACAGCAUCAACCAGCUGAUCACCAUGUGUACACAGCAAGCACCAGGUCAGAAGGAAUGUGACAACGCACUGAGGGAGCUGGAGACGGUGCGGGGCAUGCUGGAGAACCCAACAGAGGCAGUGAAUGACUUGGGAUAUUUCGACUGCAUCGACAGCGUGAUGGAGAACUCCAAGGUUUUGGGUGAAGCGAUGGCAGGCAUCUCCCACAACGCAAAGAACAGUAACCUGCUCGAGUUUGGAGACGCGGUCGGCUCUGCCUCCAAAGCCUUGUGUGGCCUCACCGAAGCGGCUGCUCAGGGUGCGUAUCUGGUGGGUGUCUCUGACCCGAACAGCCAUGCUGGACAGAAGGGUUUGGUGGAUCCGACUCAGUUUGCCAAAGCCAAACAAUCCAUUCAGAUGGCCUGUCAGAACCUGGUGGACCCUGCCUGCACACAGUCCCAGGUCCUCUCCGCUGCCACGAUUGUUGCCAAACACACCUCCGCCCUGUGCAAUGCCUGCCGCCUCGCCUCCUCCAAAACAUCAAACCCUGUUGCUAAGCGACAGUUUGUCCAGAGUGCCAAAGAAGUGGCAAAUAGCACCGCUAACCUUGUCAAGUCAAUCAAAGCCUUGGAUGGAGCCUUUAACCAGGAGAACAGGCAUAAGUGUAAGGCCUCCACAGGGCCGCUGAUUGAGGCUGUGGAUAAUCUCACUGCCUUUGCUUCCAACCCAGAAUUUGCCAGUGUGCCUGCACAGAUCAGCCCAGAGGGUCUGGCUGCCAUGGAGCCCAUUGUUGCUGCAGCUAAAACUAUGCUGGAGAGCUCAACAGGUCUGAUCCAGACUGCACGCUCACUGGCCGUGAAUCCCAAAGAUCCGCCCAAGUGGUCUGUGCUGGCUGGUCACUCCAGGACUGUGUCUGACUCCAAAAAGCUCAUCACCAACAUGAGAGACAAUGCUCCAGGUCAAAGAGAGUGUGACGAGGCCAUCGAGGUUCUCAAUAACUGCAUCCGUGAAGUGGAUCAGGCUUCUCUUGCUGCCAUUAGCCAACAACUCUCACCCAGAGAUGACCUCUCCCAUGAGGCUCUGCAUGAGCAGAUGGCAGCCUCAGUGCAGGAGAUUAGCCACCUGAUCGACCCCGUGGCCAUUGCAGCUCGCUCUGAUGCCUCCCAGCUGGGACACAAGGUGUCUCAGAUGGCAAGCUACUUUGAGCCGCUCAUCAUGGCAGCUAUCGGUACCGCAUCGAAAAUACUCAACAGCCAGCAGCAGAUGAGUGUGCUGGACCAGACAAAAACUCUGGCAGAGUCUGCUUUACAGAUGCUCUACACAGCCAAAGAAGCAGGCGGCAACCCUAAGGCGGCCCACACCCAGGAAGCCCUGGAGGAGUCUGUGCAGAUGAUGAAGGAGGCUGUUGAUGACCUGGGAGGUACUAUGUCUGAAGCAGCCAGUGCAGCGGGAGCAGUAGGAGGCAUGGUGGACUCCAUUACCCAGGCCCUCAACAAAUUGGAGGACUCUGGAGUGGAGCCUGAAGGAACCUUUGUGGAUUACCAAACUACCAUGGUGAAGACUGCCAAGGCUAUCGCAGUCACUGUGCAGGAGAUGGUCACUAAAUCAAACGCCAACCCCGAUGAGCUUGGCGGCCUAGCCAAUCAGCUGACCACCGAGUUUGGUGACUUGGCAUCGGAGGCUAGAUGUGCUGCCAUCACUGCUGAGAGCGAUGAGAUCGGCUCUCACAUUAAGAAGCAGGUAACAGAACUAGGAUACGGUUGCACUGGGUUGGUCACCAAGGCAGGAGCUCUGCAGUGCAGUCCCAACGAUUCAAUCACCAAGAAGGAGCUCAUUGAUGCUGCCCGCAAAGUCUCUGAGAAAGUGUCUCAUGUGUUGGCCGCACUGCAGGCCGGUAACCGCGGUACUCAGGCUUGUAUCACAGCUGCCAGUGCUGUAGCCGGCAUCAUUGCUGACCUUGACACCACCAUCAUGUUUGCCACAGCGGGUACACUCAACCGGGAGAAUGCAGAGACCUUCGCCGAUCACAGAGAGAACAUCUUGAAGACGGCUAAAGUUCUGGUAGAGGACACCAAGCUGCUGGUGUCUGGAGCGGGAGCCAGUCAGGAGAAGCUGGCCCAGGCCGCCCAAUCUUCAGUCAACACCAUUACAAAACUGGCCGAUGUGGUCAAGCUGGGGGCCGCCAGCCUGGGCUCCGAGGACCCCGAGACACAGGUGGUCCUGAUCAACGCAGUCAAAGAUGUGGCUAAAGCUCUGGGUGACCUCAUCAGAACCACCAAGGCAGCAGCCGGAAAGCCUCAUGAUGACCCGGCUAUGCUCCAGCUGAAGGGCUCUGCAAAGGUCAUGGUUACGAACGUCACGUCCCUGCUGAAGACUGUGAAGGCUGUGGAGGACGAGGCCACUAAAGGAACACGAGCACUGGAGGCCACCAUUGAGCACAUCAAACAGGAGUUGACUGUGUUCAGCAGUCCUGAUCCUCCUCCAAAAACCGCUACUCCCGAGGAGUUUAUCCGCAUGACCAAAGGCAUCACGCAGGCCACAGCCAAAGCGGUGGCUGCAGGAAACUCGUGUCGCCAGGAGGACAUCAUCGCUACGGCCAACCUGAGCAGAAGAGCCAUCGCCGAAAUGCUGCACUCCUGCAAGCAAGCAGCUUACCACCCAGAGGUAAACCCGGAGGUGAGGGCUCGUGCCCUGCGCUUUGGAAGGGAGUGCUCCCAUGGCUACCUUGGUCUCCUGGAGCAUGUGCUUGUGAUUAUCCAAAAGCCCACUCACGAUCUGAAGCAGCAGCUAGCAACCUUCUCCAAGCGGGUGGCUGGCUCCGUCACUGAGCUCAUCCAGGCAGCCGAGGCCAUGAAAGGUACUGAAUGGGUGGACCCCGAGGAUCCCACAGUCAUUGCAGAGAACGAGCUUCUUGGUGCAGCGGCUGCCAUCGAAGCUGCCGCUAAGAAACUGGAGCAGCUGAAACCACGAGCUAAGCCCAAGGAGGCUGAUGAGAGCCUGAACUUUGAAGAGCAGAUUUUGGAGGCGGCCAAGUCCAUCGCUGCAGCCACUAGCGCGCUGGUGAAGGCCGCAUCCGCAGCACAGAGAGAACUCGUGGCCCAGGGCAAGGUCGGCGCCAUCCCAGCAAACGCGGUUGAUGAUGGACAGUGGUCUCAGGGUCUCAUUUCAGCUGCCCGCAUGGUGGCCGCAGCAACCAAUAACCUGUGCGAGGCUGCGAAUUCGGCAGUGCAGGGCCACGCUAGUGAGGAGAAACUGAUUUCUUCAGCCAAACAAGUGGCUGCUUCUACAGCUCAACUGCUUGUGGCCUGCAAGGUCAAGGCUGACCAGGACUCUCAAACCAUGAAGAGGCUGCAGGCGGCUGGUAACGCUGUUAAGAAGGCUUCGGAUAAUCUAGUGAAGGCGGCUCAGAAGGCUGCUUUCGAUGCCCAGGAUGACCAGGCUGUAAUGGUGAAGAGCAAGAUGGUGGGCGGCAUCGCUCAGAUCAUUGCUGCUCAGGAGGAGAUGUUAAGGAAGGAGAGGGAGCUUGAUGAAGCCAGGAGGAAGCUAGCCCAGAUCCGACAGCAGCAGUAUAAGUUCCUGCCCUCAGAGCUGAGGGAGGACGGCAACGAGCAGUGAAAAGCUCCUCAGAUACACUCAGAAACGCCACUCAGGACUCCAAGGCCUGAGCGCUUCAUCUAUCCAAGUGUUUAGCUACAAUCACUGGCUUGCAGGCUUUGCUGGAGCGACAUCCUGGCUAAAUAAUUAAAGCGAUGCAUUGGGUUAAAUAAAAGUGAACAAACAUUUCAGGAUACUUAUUUUAAGUUGUUUAUUUCUUUAUUUGUCUCUUUUAUAAGCAUCACCAUGCCACCGGUUUCCUUUUGGCUUUUUGUUUUUGUUUUUUUGCACAUUGUAUGCAAGUAACUGCGCUUUUAAUAGAGCAAUAUGAUUAGAUUAAUAAUAGAUUAUAUAGAUUCAGUUAAAAUGCAUGGAUCCUUAGUGGAGCUACAUUUGUGUUGGGUUUUUUGUUGUUUUUUUAAUUACUUUAAUUUCACAGACCUUCGGCUGUGUUGUAGUAUUUUCUAAGAGCUGAACGAUUAGGUGCGGUCAUGUGAAUGGGGUUUUGGUCACUGGUUAUUAUGUGGAUAUCUAUUGGGAUCUGUCACAUAACCAAAGCAUCAGAGAUAUUUAGACAAGUUUCGAGUCAUAUAGAGGGUUGGGGCGGGGUGUUUGUGACAUUUAGUCAGCUUCCAAAGAUGAUGUGGUUUAGUGAUAAAGGCAGACGGUUAGGCCUUCUCCUGGUCAUCUAAAUCAGGAACAGUUGAGUGCAUCUUUGUGCCAAUUGGACCAGCAGUGCAAUGAUUUACUUUUGCGUUGAAACAAUUCAGAAAGAAAACAUAUCAUUUUUUUUUAAACAAAAACAAAUAAAGUAUAAUAAAGCUAUGAAAAUGUUACAAAUGCUAUCUUCUAUUAAAUUUAUGGUAAUACA